UGGGAAACGAUUCUCGGAUAAACGGGGACCGGAAGUAGUAUUGGGAUUCCCGUAUCGGCGCUGCACAACCGGUGUCCGCUGCUGCUGGUUUAGGGUUGGUAGCGCGUGAAAGGAAAGUGUGAGGUGACAAAAUGACUACAGGAGCUGAUGUCCGGGAUAUUUUGGAACUGGGGGGCACAGAAUCUGAGAACAUAGGAACUAUUAAUAAAAAAGAUAUCAUCAAUUCUGAUAAGAAAAAAUCCAAGAAGUCAUCAGAGACCCUCACAUUUAAGAGACCAGAAGGAAUGCACCGGGAGGUCUAUGCACUGCUGUACUCUGAUAAAAAGGAUGCACCUCCCCUUCUUCCAAGUGACACAACGCAGGGCUACCGCACAGUUAAGGCAAAGCUGGGAUCUAAGAAAGUGCGGCCUUGGAAGUGGAUGCCUUUCACCAACCCUGCUAGGAAGGAUGGGGCUAUGUUUUACCACUGGAGGAGGGCAGCAGAAGAGGGCAAGGAUUACCCUUUCGCCAGAUUCAACAAAACAGUGCAAAUUCCAAUUUACUCAGAACAAGAGUAUCAGCUGUACCUUCAUGAUGAUGCUUGGACCAAAGCUGAAACAGACCACCUCUUUGACUUAUCCAGACGGUUUGAUCUUCGCUUUGUGGUCAUUCAUGACCGUUAUGACCACCAGCAGUUCAAAAAGCGGUCGGUGGAAGAUCUAAAGGAGCGCUACUAUCACAUCUGUGCCAAGCUGGCCAACAUCCGUGCUACCCCAGGCACUGACUUGAAAAUCCCUGUUUUUGAUGCUGGCCAUGAAAGGCGCCGGAAAGAACAGCUAGAGAGGCUAUAUAAUCGGACACCAGAGCAGGUGGCAGAGGAGGAAUAUCUAAUCCAGGAGUUGCGGAAAAUUGAAGCCAGGAAGAAAGAGAGGGAGAAGCGAACACAAGACUUGCAGAAACUCAUCACCGCCGCUGACACCACCACCGAACAAAGACGUGCAGAGCGCAAGGCACCCAAGAAGAAGCUGCCACAGAAGAAAGAGACAGAGAAGCCUGCUGUCCCAGAGACUGCUGGCAUCAAGUUUCCGGACUUCAAGUCUGCAGGUGUCACACUGCGGAGUCAGAGGAUGAAACUGCCGAGCUCCGUGGGACAGAAGAAGAUUAAAGCCUUGGAGCAGAUGCUGAUGGAACUCGGAGUAGACCUGAGUCCGAUGCCGACAGAGGAGAUUGUCCAGAUGUUCAACGAGUUGCGCAGUGAUCUCGUGCUGCUGUAUGAGCUCAAGCAAGCAUUCGCAAACUGUGAAUAUGAGCUGCAGAUGUUGCGGCACCGCUAUGAGGCAUUGGCCAAAGCAGGUAGCACAGGGCCCAGCACAGAUGGUGGCUCACAUGCUGAUGGACAGUCAGGCUUGUGCACUGAAGAGAACAAGGGUGACACAAAGGAGCAGAUCAUUGAUGUGGUGGGGGCUCCCCUCACACCCAAUUCGAGAAAGCGCAGGGAAUCUGCUUCCAGUUCAUCGUCUGUCAAAAAAGUGAAGAAGCCAUGAAUAGCCUGAAGUUCCAGGAUGUCGGAGGAUCAGGACACUGACUGCAGGGGCAAGAUGGCUGCAUUUGCCAGUAUGUGUACUUUAUGCUAUGGGAUUCCUGCAGUGACAUUGCCCUCUCUUGUUCCAGAAAGGGUGUUGCUGCCCCAGGUAAAUGGGUUGGACUUCCUUGCAUUAACAGCCUCAUACUGGUUGUUGCUGUGGUGAUUGUGUUGUCUUUCGUAUGUCUGAUUUUUGUAAACUUCCUUGUAAAUACAGAAUCCAUUACCUCUUGUUCC